AUGGACAACUGCGAAGAGUUUUGGGAGGACUUUUAUAAAUCGAUUGAAAAUCACACCGGGAAACCACUCCCGACAAGAAGGAGCAAAAGUGGUUCGAAAAGCGAGAACGACAUCGAAGACAUCGAGACGAAGAAGAAGAAGAAAGGACAAUUUUUAUCCUCGCUGAAAACCAAAUGCGAACACUUCUUGACGAAAACGAAAGAAAACGAAGAAGAAAACACGAGAGAGGAGGCAAGAGAGGCGCGCGCGUUCGCGCAGGCGUGGCAAAUCAUGGAUCCGAACGAGGCGGAAGUUUCGUGGAGGAAGAGGUACCGGGACCUCCUGGAAAAGCCCGAGGAGAAAGAGAGUGGUGGUGUCAGCGUUCACAACAAUAACGAGGAUACGGAUGAGGAAAGUCCUCGGUAA